CUCGAUUGGUUAUUUGUUCGCUGCGCUGAUUUGCGGUGGAUGAAACGAAGGAAAUAUUUCAUUAACUCUUUUCUUAGUCACGAAGUAGUUUAUUUUAACGCAUCGGAAAUAUUAACAAGAGGCCAUUGCCUCCGCAGUGAGUUGCCAGUGUGGUACGUGACGAAUUAUCCAGAUAUAAUCAGUUUGGUUUUUGAUUUAAAAUGGUCAUAGCGUACGACUUACCCGAAUUUCUGAAAAGUCGUUCGGCUGGUUCGUAUGAUUCGGGAUCCCAUCUAAGUGAUGUCAUUGAAGUUAUUAAAGAAACUGAUCCGUGCUUUACGGAGUCAAACGCUAGAAGCCGAUUCAACCAAUCAGCGGGACCGCAUAAGAUAGGACCAAUGUAUGCCGAGAUGCCUGCGCCAGCUGUCCCCCAACCAAGUAUUAGCAUUAAGAAAAGCCAAAUUCACGUAAAGAUCAUAGAGCAACCUGCCUCGAAGGCCUUACGGUUUCGAUAUGUCUGUGAGGGGAGGUCAGCUGGCUCAAUUCCCGGAGCUAGUAGCACUCCUGAAAACAAAACCUACCCCGAAAUUCAGGUGGUUGGUUACCAAGGACGAGCUGUGGUGGUAGUGUCUUGUGUUACCAAAGAUGCCCCAUACAAGGCUCACCCUCAUAGCUUAGUGGGACGCGAGGGAUGCAAAAGAGGCGUUUGCACUCUUGAAAUCCCACCCGAUACAAUGAGGGUACAGUUUUCGAAUUUAGGUAUACAGUGUGUGAAGAAAAGAGACAUCGAAGAGGCUCUUAGGCAGAGGGAGGAAAUUAGGGUGGAUCCUUUUCGACAGGGCUACAGCCAUCGAAACCAACCUACCUCGAUAGAUCUCAAUGCUGUUCGGUUAUGUUUCCAAGUAUUCCUAGAGGGCGACACACCCAAUAAGUUUAAUGUCCCGCUUGCCCCCAUAGUCAGCGAAGUCAUUUACGACAAAAAGGCCAUGUCUGAUCUCACAAUAGUAAAGCUGUCUGACUGCGUUAGCUUCGUAGAUGGAGGACGCAAGGACAUGAUUCUUCUUUGCGAAAAGGUGGCGAAAGAAGAUAUUCAAAUCCGUUUUUAUGAAGAGAAAGAAGGGAAGGUCGUGUGGGAAGGACUUGCCGAUUUUCAGCCAUCCCAGGUUCACAAGCAGACAGCCAUUUGGUUCAGGACACCCCGGUAUCGUACGUUGGACGUGACGGAACCCGUUAGAGUGCUUAUUCAGCUGAGGAGACCGUCGGAUGGCGCCACCAGCGAACCGUUACCGUUCGAGUUGUUGCCUUUGGACGCAGUAUCGAGUGUAAGCGAAAAGCAUAACAAACGAAAGAGAGCCAAAAUUGAUGAUCCCAGUCAAAUUUUAAGGCAAAUCGCUCAACACGAGAAGAUGACUCAGCAGCAUAUGGCUUUGCCAAUGAUUAAUCCAAUAAAGAAAGAACCCCAGGAGGCUUAUGGCGGCCAAAUUUAUGGUACACUGAGUCCAAAUUAUACACCAAGCCCUGGAGUGUCUCCACAAUAUGUGCCCAAUCCCAUUGACGCUCCUCUGCAAUCGCCGGAUAUGAAUUGCCAAUAUCAACCAAACAUCCACUACAACAUAUUGCAACUACGUGUAGAGGGCGGAUCUAAUAACUGGAAUUUUCCCACACCCAAUAUAGAUCUCCUUUCCCAGAUUCCGUCAACUUCCGCUACCUUGGGAAAUGCGCAGAAUCAAGGAUUCAUAAUGAAUCUCGACACGCAGCAAGUUAACUCUGCCGAAUUGGCUUGUACCAUCGCCGAAAUGGACAUUCUGAAUCCUUUGCCCGACAUAUCAGGUCUGUCCAUGUCCGAUGUGCAAGUUUCUGAGGUUGGUCAGGAUGGAAAUAUGACUGACAGUCUAACGAGAUUGACCAAUGAACGAGCUGGUCAGUUGUUGGAUAAUAUCUCAUAUCCAGGCAAUUAGGAUGUAAUUGAAAUUCCCCGAUUUGAAAUUCAAUUAUAGAUGCGUUAAAUGCGAUAUGGUUGGAACCUAAAAUAUAGACGCUACCUGUGCUAUUAUCUGAAGUAAAGUGUUAACUUAGAAGUAGUUUAUAAACUUCUAUGACAACUGGACAACCUACUAUUGGAUGGGUAAUUCUUUACUCAGGUGCAUGAAAGGCACCAAUAGUUGUUACCAUUUAAGUUUCAAUAUGGUUGAUCAAAAAUAACUGUUACUUUCCAACUAUAGAAAGCAAAUUAUUAUCCAAAUUGGAUCGACCAUGUGCAUUUCUGGCCCCAAUUUUUGGAGCUGGUCUUUUUAUGGUCCUUAUAAAAUAAUAAAUAAUUUGACAUGGUUUUUGUGAUAUUGUAUCUAAAUCUUAUCACUCAGAAUCACAUAUUGUGUUUUCUGGUGUUGGAGCACAUUUAACAAUUUAUGAAGGUAGUUCAUUGACAAGCAAAAUGCAGCAACUUGAUAUUUUUUCACAUGUGUUAAUAGUGAUAUUCUUUAAAUUAGAAAAAUGUAAAAAAUGAUUUUAUUCACUUUUUUUCUACAAACACUCUGUUUCUUAAAAAGGUUUAAAAGUUUAUUUAGUAAUAGUUCAUCCUAUAUUUUACACAGUGUGUGAGAGGGAUUUUGUUAAUAAGAAAAGGUAACUGUGAUGCUUUGAGUUUGAAAAACUCUGCAUGUUAAUGGUACUAAAUUAGUUGGUUUCUUGGCGUUACUCCGUAAAAAUCGACCACUAAGUUUAAGUUAUUUGCCUAAAAAAUUUGUGGACUGUUGUGGACAUCGCUUGUUAUACAGUCAAUCCUAUAAUAUACAUACAUAUUUGGCAAAUUAAUUUUUGUUAAAAUAAUAAAUUCAUUUUUUUAAAUUUUGACUGGAAAAUGUUGAAAGCUACUUAUUGUGUCUCAUUAAAAUUGGUAAUAGAAAAAAAGCCCCGAUCGCGCGCGCUUUGCAAUUCGCUGGAAGCAAAUUUUGAUGCUUUAAAAAUAAGUAUAAAGAUUUAUAUAUAAUCUUCUGUGGAAAACAUAUUCGUACAUUUUGAUUUGAAAAUAAAUUCAUUUUUAAUGUCUUUUUCCCUUAAAUUAUAUGCAUAUCCAAAUCAGUCAGUCGAAUUGUUUUUUUUUGGAUAUGGCACUUUUUGAUAUACACAAAUUGUAAAAAAUGUACCAGCACUGUAAUGUCAGCAAGCAAUUACUUCCAAAAGGUGUCUUGCUCUUCAACACAAUGGAACAGUUAUACGACCUCUUUAUACCUAUAUCCAGUCCAAUAUAAUAACACUUGGAUGUUAUAUAUUAUAUAUUUCCAGGAUAUCCAGGAUUGUUUAGAGAUAUAGGCCUAUAAUAUUUAGAAUAUGCUGAAUAUAUUUGUUUAGAGAUGUUAGUAAUUAAAAAGCAAUGAACAUUACAUCAUGAGAUCUGUGAUUAAAUUUUUUUUUUGUUAUUUUUAUAAAUAUUUGUUUUUAGUUUUGUACAUGUUAUUGUAAAGUAAAUAUUAAAAGUUACGUUAAUCUAUAAAUAAAAUUCAAAGUAACACCGCG